UAAACGUUGCUAUCGCUGCACGUCAACGUUGCGACGGCCGGCGUAGAAUUCAAUCGUUAACUCAGCUUACUUUACUGGAAAAGUUGAAACUGCUCACAAUGGAUAUUGAAAAGUUGAUUCUUUGUGUAAAAAAGUAUCCAAUGUUGUAUGAUGUUGAUCAUGCUGAAUAUAAGUCUCUUAGAAAGAAGGAUCAGAUCUGGGAUAUAAUUGGGGAGGAGCUCGAUGAAAAUGGAGAAGACUUAAAAAAGAAAUGGAAGAAUCUUCGAGAUUGCUAUGCAAGAUACAUCCGAAGCUGGGAGAUAGAAGCCAGCAAUGCAGCACCAAAUACAACUCGGUAUUACAAAUUCUGGCCCUGGGCAAAACAAAUGGAAAUAUUCAAACCAUAUCUAAAAUUUGCUCAAAUAAAUACUAAAACUGGCUUUCACGAUAACAACAGUAGUGAUCCAACAUCUACCCUACGCCUGCAACUUCCAUCAUCACCCAAAAAUACAUCUGAAUCAUUUUCAUUUGACCAACAGAAAACACUACAAGAAGAUGUAGUAAGUCCUCAUAGAUCGCCUAUGACAAGGAAAAGAAAACGUGCACGUGACCAAGAUAGUUCAGCUAAUAAGGUCAUAAAAUAUCUUAAAGAGAAAAAACAAUCGAAAACUGCAGUUCAUUGUAAAGAUCUGAAUGCCACUGAGUUAAUGUUCUUAGGUUUGGCAAAAACUAUCACAACAUUUUCGGCCCGCAGACAAGCAUCAGUUAAAAUGAGAAUAGCUAAUAUGGUAUUGGAAGAAGAACUCUUUGAUAGGGAGGAAAAAGACGAAAGUGAACUUCAAUCAAUAUUAGCAAUAAACGAAGAUGGGGAAGAUCGAAAGAUAUUUAAGGAUGAAUCUAUUAUUGGAUCUUAAAAAACUCUAUGAAUAGAUAUGUUCUUAUGUGUAUAUUUGUAUAUUUAAUUUAUUCUAUGAAAUUAAGAAAUUGAUGAAUAUAAAAACCCAAAUACUCAAAUAGAAGAGGAUUUUUAUAAAUUUGUAUAUUUUUUUCCCGUCAACUCUCUUUUUUAAUUGUUAAACCUUUAGAUUGAUAUUUAAAUCCACCACAACUUUUGCCGACCUUUCAUUUAUUAGAAACUUUGAGUUAAUUACUCGGUUUCCCUUUUUUCGUUUUCUUGAACCGAUAUUGUAUACCUUAACCUUAAACGAAAUUAUUAUUAUUAUAAUUUAUUAACAUAAAAUUAAAAUGUACAUAUUAAUGCAUAAAUGAGCACUAGCUGCUUAGAGCUUCUGGAAUUUAAGUGAAAAAAAAAUUUAAGUUAAAUUACUGUACAAUAUUAUAAU